ACGGUCAUUGCAGAAGAAGACUUGCUUGGGGCUGGAACGGUUGCUCCUCUUCUGCUCUAAGGCAGACCCGCACAGGCACACAGACAAGUGUGCUUGUUUCUGGUUAACCGGCCAUCGCAGAAACAGCCAAGAUGGAUCCUGGAUGCACCAUGGGACUGAGCAGCAUGCUCUUCACGUUGGCCUUCCUGCUCUCUGGUGCUGCUUCCCUUGCAAGUCAGGCUUAUUUCAAUGAUGUUGCAGACCUGCCCUGCCAAUUUACAAACCCCCAAAAUAUAAGCCUUGGGGAGCUGGUAGUAUUUUGGCAGAACCAGGAAAUGCUGGUUCUGUACGAGAGAUAUUUAGGCAAAGACAAACUAGACAACAUCGAUCUCAAAUAUUUGGGCCGCACAAGCUUUGACCAGGACAGUUGGACCCUGCGACUUCACAACAUUCAGAUCAAAGACAAGGGCUCAUACCAAUGCUUCGUCCAUCACAAAAAGCCUAAAGGACUGGUUUCCAUCCACCAGAUGACUACUGAUCUGUCAGUGCUUGCUAACUUCAGUCAACCUGAAAUAGUGCAACUUUCUAACGUGACAGAAAAUUCUUACAUAAAUAUGACCUGCUCAUCUGUACAAGGUUACCCAGAACCUAAGAAGAUGUACUUUUUGCUAAAAACUGAAAAUUCUACUACUGGUUAUGAUGCUAUCAUGCAGACAUCUCAAGAUAAUGUCACAGAACUCUACAAUGUUUCCAUCAGCUUGUCUAUUUCAUUACCUGCUGUUACAAGCAAUAUGACCAUCUUCUGUGUCCUGCAAACUGAACUAAUGGAGACACAGCUUUUCUCCUCACCUUUCCAUAUAGAUCCUGAGAACCAGCCGCUGCCUGACCCACCAUCACCAUCAACCUGGUUUGCCAUUGCACUUGUGCCAUUGGUCAUUGCACCUGUGAUCAUCAGUCAAUCAUUGAGGAAACUGAAAAAGAAACGGAAGCCUGGAGCAUCUUAUGAACGUGAAACCAUCAAAGUAGAAGAGAGAAAAGUGAGCAGUAUGAGGGAAGAGUAAAAAUCCAUCGUGUGAAAGAUCUGAUGAUGAAGCUAACAACUCAAAGCCAGCCCCAGUCAACAAAAUUGCUACACAAUUUUAACUAAAGAGUAAAAUUCACAUGAGUAUUCAUUUUGUAUACCCUUUUUUUGCAAGUUUUUGGCAAAAACUUUUUAUUUUUCUCAGAAAGCAAGAAAAUACUGCCAUUGUAAUGGUGAAGUUACGGAGUUCUAAGUUAGGGAGCCUCCUUGCCAUGCCUGCUCUGCUCCCAAUGGCAGGAGCUGAGUUUCAGUCUCCAGCAACUUCUUUGCACUUCAGAGCCCAUUUGUGGAUGAAACUCAACAGAAUUCCUGUUUAGGACCAAGGCCUCCUGCUUCAGCUCACAUUCCUCCCUGUCUUAAUUUCAUAAAUUGAAGUUUUACAUAAAACUCCUAGUUUCUGGAAUACUGGCUUUUAUCUUUUCUGAAUUCUAAGGUGGUGCCCUACUUAAUCAUGCCUACCUGUAACUGAACAUCCUCUUCAGUCCAGUUGGAAGUUAUGUAUUUUAUGACUAGUGUUGAUAUUAAUAUGUUGAAAUAUAAAGAAAUGUAUAAUAUAAGAAUGGAGAAAAGUCUACCCCUGCUAAGAGGUGCUUGUCCCUCUGUUGGAGUCAAUAAGGAAAAUGGUGGCCUAAGAUACUGGCAACAAUGAGCAGACCAACUUAAACAUUGGGAAAUUAGGAGAGACAGAGAUGAAAUAAGCUUUAGAUUCUGGAAUCACUUCUAUCUGGGCUGCUACUAAUAUGGAAGAAGAUUACCUGCUUCUGAAGUUAUUGGCAGGCCAUAGAAGAGAGUACCAAACAGAGCAGGAGAGUACUGGAUCUUGUGAGCCUAUUUGUCUUGAAGAAAAGACUGAAGUGACGGCUAGGGUGACUGUAUAAGAUCCAACAGAGAUCACAGUACUCAAAAGAAAAAUAAAGAACCAUCUCAACCAAUAGAGACACACAUGAAAUGUCUGGUCUGACAAGUCCGUUGACAAGUCUUAGCACAAGCAACAGAUGGGCAGUCUGUCCAAAUGGACAUAAAGACAAAUGGGGUGAGAUCAACAGAUGGCAUAAUAAUUACAUCGCUGGACUCCCACAUGGCUGACUGUCAUUCGAGUCCUGGACCUGGUGACUUGAAACUCACGCUGGGCACAUGUGAGUGUGCCCACA